GGCAGUUCUUUUUCCGCAAUUCGCUGAAUGUUUAUUUCAUUUAUUCCUGUUUAAUACGAGUGAUAAAGGGAGUUUAUCAGCGUUGCGUCUCUGUCAAGGAUCGACUGAGAUACUUUAUAAACAUAUAAUCAGUGAUUCUGCGAUAUCCAAUGAUAAAAUUAGUGACAAAAUUGAAAAGAAUCAUUGGAGGUUAUGUUUGUAUCCGUUGUUUUAGUUGUCGAAGAAAAAACAUUUGUUCGCGCGCGUUAUUCUCGAUCAGAAGCGGGGGAAAAAUAAUCUUUAUCCUUCCGACCGGAUUCGGUUCGGAUGCGGAACCGGAAUCUGGGAAGUGCGAGUGAGAUGCGCAUGUACGAGUUAGGGGAGCGGAGUAAACCCGAUGCGCCGGCGGACGCUCUCACAUCGAGGCGGUGCGCCUUCGCGGCAACACGUAUUCCACGCGAAACAGCAUAACUCUUUUCAACCUUUGAUUCCGUUACGAGUUUAUUCACGGCUUUUAAGUAUGUCACUUUUCUGAGAUCUCGAGAUUACCACGAAGAAGAUUUUGUUAUCGAAUUGCGAACGUUUUUCUCGUCUCGAGUCAGGAAAAGAUAUAACGUGCGACGAAUCGUAACGUAAUUAAAACCUAUAGAACACGUGUCUCCUUGAUCUUCUCGCGAGUGUUUUAUUCAUUUCGAGAAAAUCGUUGAGAAUACGAAACGAAGAAACAGAAAAAAAGAAAAAAAAAAAAAAAAGAAAAAAAGGAAACAAAAACGAAGAAAAACUAUACGGAUUCGUUGAAGAUCGGGCUACGUCGGACAGCGAGGAUGUCGUUCUUCAGAGGCUUGUGGAAGAGCAGUUCGAAGCAUAAGAAACUAUGCGAGGAAUGGGCCCUGGCGAACAGUCGCGAAUGCGUGGAGAGUGGCGGCACAGCAGCCUCGACACACGAGGAAUCCGAGGAUGCAUCGGAGGCCAGGUUCACCCUCAAAUAUUUGGGCAGCACCCUCGUCGAGACGCCAUCGAGCGAGGAGGCCACGGCUGAAGCCAUAAAGACGGUCAUUACCAUGGCAAAGGCAAGCGGUAAAAAGUUACAAAGGGUGUCUUUGGCUGUGAGCUUAAGAGGUAUCAGAAUGACUGAUUUAGCCACGGAGGAAGAUCAGCUACAAGUAUCGAUAUACAGGAUCUCUUAUUGCUCGGCCGACGCAACCCAUGAUCAUGUGUUUGCAUUCAUCGCGACGAAUCUGAACGAGACGAUGGAAUGUCACGCGUUUCUCUGUCCAAAGAGAAAAAUGGCGCAGACGGUGACAUUGACGGUGGCCCAGGCAUUCAAUACCGCUUACGAAGCUUGGCAAUUGUCACAGGCUGAUCCGAGGAUUCAUCAUGCUCAAGAUAAAGGGUCUACUUUGACGGAUGAGAAAAACGAAACAAAUGAAAAAAAGAAUUGCAGCGAGACGAAGACGUCGGCGAAGAUGAUCCAACAAAACAAGCAGAACGGUCAACAACGUCAUACCAUCAAUGAAGGUCAAAAGAACCUUUUAAUUGAUCUCUCGAACGAUCCUAAGCCGCCGGGGAAUUCAUGGGUAAGCUUCGAGGAAGAAUCGAGUUUGGAUAGCAAGAGAUCGCAAAAGAAUUCGGCCAAUAGUAUUCCCAUGACCACACUGAGACACACGAGCACGUCCACGCCGUCUCAUCACGUAGUACCGAGGCCAUCGACAGGAUUCAAGAUGCAAAACGCUUGGGGAGAAUCCAGAUCCGUCGAUCUAAUGUGCUCGUAGCAGACAUAGCCUGCGGCUGACAGCUUCAGAGACGUGCCAUUAAUCACGGGUCUCUGGAAGCAUCUGUCGAAUAGCGGCCAAACGAAGAAAACUAAUCCUUAGACUAAUAUCAAGCUCACCGAGGAGGAGAGUAAAUGUGAUUUUAAAAUGUGACACGCAAUAUAUAUGGGAAAGGGAUUAGAGCGAAUCGAUCGUUGGAUCGAUUUUUAAACCGAAAACGAAACCUCUUUCUCCUUUAGGAGAAAAUAGAUCAUCGAAGAGAUCAUCAUUUUUUUACUUGGACCUGCCUCGAAAAAUGAUCUGCCGAUCGAAAGAGAUGUCUCCUCUUUCCUUUUUUUCUCCGCGUGAUAAGGUUUUUAUCGAGUAUACCACUUAUCCUUUUAUUCUAUUCCAUUUCGUACGUAGAGAUGACGGGAAACGAUCGUCCGAUGGAUUUUCGAUCAUGAUGAUAUAUAUAUAUAUAUAUAUAUACAGACACGUACGUGCAUACACGCACGCACGCACGCACACGCAACGACACACAUACGCACGCACGCACACAUUAGAAAAGCUUUUGACAGGACCAACAAGAAUAACGCAUUUUCGAUUAGGACUGGUUACGAAAGAAAAAAAUCCUGCCAUUGAAUUUUCUUAGACGUUUACAUUUUUUUACAUUUCAAACGAAUCGAGUUCAUUUCUUUGAAAAUAUGUUUUAGUAUCGGUCUGGCCGUAAUCAAUCUUUUAACCAGAUACGAAACGAACGACGUUAAUCGAACUUUCCAAGUAUAUGUAAGAAGGUAGGUUAACGAUUUUAAUACAAGGUUGUUCUGUACGCAUAUCGCAAGUUAAGAAUUUUAACAAGAGAGUAAAAAUUGUUCCUUUUCCACAACGCAUUGGAAGGAAAUAUAUAAUUCCGUUUAAUGAUACGUACGCAUCUACACAUAUAGCUAUUAUAAAUUUUGACGGCAAGAUGAGAAAACGAAAGCCACUAUAUUUAGUCUUCGAAAUAGGCGUUCGUUACAUGUUAGAUAAAUGUGUUGAUAUAUGCGUUAUAGGAUAUAUACGUCUCUAUUACGUCUAUUUAAUAGCAGUACGUUUAAAUAUCGCUGGUAACAUUCGAAUAGAUAUAAAUUAGCUUUAUACGUCGUUAUGUGAAUCAUAUCACUCGAUAUUAUGAAUCGCUAGAUUAAACUAUGGCUUAUACAGAUUAUACUCAUCAAUCGUUGCUCGCGUUAAUCCUUUUUUUCUUUUUUCUUUAUAGCCCAAGCGAUAGAGAAAAUAAUUAACGUUUAGCAAAAUUAGGGAAAAUCGAUUUUUAUUACGUCGACAAUCGUUUAAAACGUUAAGCUAUCCGUUGAAAGUACUUGUCGUAGAUUAUAUGCGUCGUUUAUCUCGUUUUAAACAAAAUUUCGAGUAUGGAACGUACCGCUGUUAUAUUCGAAAUAUUUAGUUUUAUAUAUUAAGUCACGUUUACAGGCCUAAUCAAUAUCAUUUUCUAAUAAUCGUCUCGUUAUAAUACUUUUCUAUAUUCUUAUAUAUUGCAAUUCUCUUAGAGACACUAAUUAAAACAGAUUAUAUUCCUCUGUCCAACUGCGUAGCUGACGUUGAAAUUGAUCGAGCGAAAAUGGUACAUCAUGUUUUAUUCGUUGCUUUAUCCUAUCGUGCUAUCCCACGAGAUCCCAUUAAAUGUUAGCGAAGGAUGCAUAAUCGAAAUACACGUAUACAUAUCUUUCAUAGGACGAAUAUUUUAUCUCAUCCUCUCUCGUUUAUAUGUUAAUACAUGAGACUCGUCUAUUAAAGAGGAG